UCUCUCUCUCUGACUCUCUGAGAAGAAAGAACACACAGAGCAAUUACCCAUCAUCUCAAACUGGCGAUCGAGAACCAAGAACCAACUAUGAAGGAGAUCAAACCCAAGAGCAGAAGAAUCAUGGGAGCUGGAGGACCAGAAGACGAUGAUAACAGGUGGCCGCCAUGGUUACGCCCUCUUCUUGAGACGAAUUUCUUCGUCCAAUGCAAGUCACAUGCUGAUUCCCACAAAUCGGAAUGCAAUAUGUACUGCUUGGAUUGUAUGAAUGGCAGUCUCUGUUCUGUCUGCCUCGCCUAUCACAAAGAUCACAGAGCCAUUCAGAUAAGGAGGUCUUCAUACCAUGAUGUGAUCAGGGUUAAUGAGAUUCAGAAGGUAUUGGACAUUAGUGGUGUUCAGACCUACAUUAUCAACAGUGCUAGAGUUGUGUUCCUUAACGAACGCCCUCAGCCCAGGCCAGGCAAAGGGGUAACCAACACUUGUGAGGUCUGUGAACGAAGUCUACUCGAUUCCUUCCGUUUCUGUUCUCUGGGUUGCAAGAUUGUGGGUUCUUCGAAGAACUUCAGGAAGAAGAAACGCCAUCAGGGUUUGGCUUUAGAUGAAGAAGAAUCUUACAGUAGCAGUAGUAGCCUUGGCAUUGAGAAAAAAAAGGUUCAGAGCUUCACCCCUUCGACACCGCCACCAACUGCGGUAAAUUACAGAACUGCCAAGCGAAGGAAGGGAAUCCCUCACAGAGCACCAAUGGGAGGACUUAUUAUAGAAUAUUAGAAGUCUUUACUCUUUUAGUUUAAUUACUCCUGAUAUCCCCAGAUACGAAGUAAAUAUCACAUUGCCCGUGCAACACACGAGCUUUUACUGAGGAGGUCAGGAGGCCGGUGUUGUGGGAGACUAUGUACAUAGCAGCAGCAGCAACAGCAACAAGAAAUGUGAAAAUGUUAAAAAAGCUGAAAGAAUAAGACGUGAAGAAGGCAAGGAGGGGGGAAGAAGAUCUGAAGGAGGAUUUGGAAGUGAAAAUAGUUUGGUAUAAGAUAGGUAAGGAUAAUAUACCUAAGUUUUGUUGGAGUCGUAGACAAUAGAGUGGGUGGAAAAUGUAAAUAUACUUUGUGAUUAGGGAGUAAAAUGUACUAUUGGAAAUAGCAAUGUGUCUAUAUAAAUGGAAUGGAAUGGAAUGAAAUAAAAGAUCUACCAUC